UUCUUCCAACUGGUAUAAUAUGAGUGCUCAAGUAGAGAAGCCCUAGUGGAAGCUUCUUCUCACUUCUCUCAUGCUUGCUAGCUGCCAUGGAUCCAAUCGUUCGUCUUCAUCUUCUUCUUUUGGCAUUCUCUUUCAUGUAUCGACUUUCUGCAAUUGCUCAACCCCAAAAUCCCAUCUCUCGGAUCACAGUAGUGGGCGUUGUUUUCUGUGAUACGUGUUCGAGCAACACUGUCUCUAGACACAGCUACUUCUUGCCAGGUGUUGAAGUCAACAUCGAAUGCAAGUUUAAGGCAAAAUCAGAAAGAACAACAGAGCAAAUGAGUGUCUCAGUCAACAGAACUACAGAUAAAUAUGGGGUGUACAAGCUAGAAAUACCGCAUGUUGAUGGUGUUGACUGUGUGGAAGGUUUGGCCAUUGAGUCAUUAUGCGAGGCGAGUUUAAUAAGGAGCAAAUCGGCAGAAUGCAGUGUACCAGGUUUGAAGAUUUCCACUAACCAGAUAUCUGUGAAAUCAAGACAAGACAAUCUCUGCAUCUACAGCUUGAGUGCACUGAGUUACAGGCCAUCCAAGAGAAAUGCCACCUUGUGUAGAAAUCACAAAUAGGGGAUUUGAAUUUCACCCAGAUUCGAUAAGUUUCGACUCGGUCAAAAUUUUAUUUUAAAAAUUUGAAUUUUAUCGAUUUUUUUAAAGGGUGAGAUAAGGUAAGAUUUAAUGUUUAGGGUGAAAAGAAUAUGACUUUCGUAAUUAUACCUUAUAAUCUCUAUAAUAUUUCUUUUUAUUUUUUUUCAA